AUGGCCAUAAUCGAGGAUUUUCCUCCUUUCAAGCUUUGCGCCCUAUGCAAGGGAAUCUUCCCCCGUGCUGACGACCCCAACGUCGAUGAUAACAUCCAAGGCCAGAUAUGGACUAAUGAUGAGGGCUACCACUUCACUCGAACACGGGAAGAGAUCGAGCGAGGAGCUAUUGAGGGUUGUGAAUUCUGUACAGAUAUCGUUCAGAAUGAUGGAGCGUACAAGGAGAGCUCUCCAGAUCGCCAACACGAAACGAUUGGCCAAGAGGAUGACUAUGAGAGAAGCACGUAUGGGAGCGAUGAGGAAAGCGAACAGGAUAGUGAGGUGGGAUCACAGUCUGCGGAACCUGAUGCGGGCCCAGACUACAUUGCCAUGUUUUCAGGGCUACGAGCCGGUUGCUUCCCCCCGAUGGAAGAGAGACUCGAAUUCAGGAUCAAGUUUCACUCUGAAGACAAAAGUCUAGCCAUCUAUGACUCCAAUGGCCUGUUGAUAGGCCACAACCCGGCGUCCAAACUCACCCAUGCUCAGGCAACACUCGCAGAGUUCGGACCAGAUCAGACGUUUGGAGCCGUACGGCAGUGGCUUGGUGAAUGCGUUGACAACCAUCCAGGAUGCCCCGGUGACGCCCCGAGAGAGCUACCAACGAGGCUCAUCAUGGUCUCACCACUGGGGGUCGACGUUUCGGCGCGCUUUUGCGAGACCCUCGGUCAAACAGUACAAUAUUGCGCUCUGAGCUAUUGCUGGGGCGGUGACCGGGUUCACAAGACUACUCGCGAGAGGUAUGCCGCAUAUCUUCAAGAGUUACCAUACGAAGAGCUACCACAGACCAUCCGAGACGCCUUCCAAGUGGCCCGAGACGGUUUUCUCAAGCGCCUGUCAGCAAACGAUACGGGACUCUUCUUUCUCCCCAUUCGCGUGGAUAAGAGCACCAAGGGUUCCGUCCUAAUGUCCAAGGAGGGACCUUACUGGGCCAUGAUUGGCGCAUACCCACAGCCCAUCAACGACCGAGCGUGGACGCUUCAAGAGGCGAUGCUCACACCUCGACUUCUAAUCUUUACCGGCAUGGAUUUCAUCUGGAAAUGCCAAGCUGGCUUUGGACCGGCAACGGCCGAGCACCCUAGAACCGCUAACGAGAUUCACAUUGAGAAUCUGUAUGGGCCUCCUAACGAGAGCCGGUGGUUUCCGGCACUGGUGGAUUGCGGUUACAACUUCAUUUCUACGAAGCAAUGA